AUGAGCGACUUUCUUGGCGGCGACUUUGCCUCCUUCACCAGUAACAACAACAACGCUGACGAGAUUGACUUUGACCGCGCCGCGUCAGCAUUUCCCGACAUCUCUCUCGACGGCAGCACCGAGAUCCCCACCGCACCCCCUCUCGCUGGAGGGCGCCAGAGUAGCGGGUUCUCGUUCGACAGUUUUGACGCUGUUCCUCCGGUGCAGAAGGAUACAGCGGUGAAGGUCACAGGCGACGACGAGAUUGAUAAGUUUGAGAGCGAGUUUCCGGAGAUUGAUGUUCCGCAGCAAACAUCACUACCUCAGCAGCAACAAUAUACAACCACAUUUGCCCCUCAGCCCGCCCUGGCCUCGACCCCCAUCUUCACCCAAAGCAUCCCAGAGGAUGAACCUGAAGUCAUCAGAGAAUGGCGAGAGAAGCAGCAAGCAGAGAUCAAAGCCAGAGACGAGGCCUCAAAGUUGCGCAAGGAGGAGACGAUCGACAAAGCUGAGCGCGCGAUUGAGGAGUUCUACGAGAACUACUCCAAGAAGAAGGAGAGGAACAUUCGCGAUAACAAAAACUCCGAAGCUGAAUACCUCGCCGAGAUGCAAGCAUCUCUGUCACAUGGAACCACCUGGGAACGUAUCUGCACGCUCAUCGAGCUCCAAAACUCUCAGAGCAAGACCAUUGCCCGAACUGGUGCCGGCACCACGGACCUCUCAAGGUACAAGGAGGUUCUCCUGCGACUCAAACGUGAGGGAGACGCUGCUCCUGGCGCUGCUGGUUACUAG